AAUUCCCAGAACCUUUAACUUAAACUCGUACUAUUAAAAUUUAUGAAGGUAUUGGUCAGAAUUUUAAACUAUAACGUUAUGAGUAGUGAUGUUAAUUUUGUGAAAUUUGGUGGUAAGUGUAGUAUUACCCAUUAUUUAUCUCCGGUCAACAACUUUUUUUUUUUUUUUGGUUGGUGCGUUAUUUAGUUUGUGGCAAUUACCCAGCAAAAAAAAAAAUCUUUUGAAAACUGGAAUUUGGAUAAAGUGAUGGAAAAUUGAUUGAGGAACAGGAAGUCGAGGCAUGGCAAUCCUCCUCCACGCUUCACCAAAACCCUUCUCCCUUUACCGUCCCAUCUCCUUACCAAAACCAACUCUACACCGCUUCAAAUAUAUAAUUCCCAAAACCCCCUUUUCAUCUUCGUCUACAGUUAGGAGCAGAAAAGGCGGCAACAUCCCGCCCCUACCUGAAACAGAGUGUCCUGUUCCAGCAGAUCAGCAGCCCAUAAACGAGUACCAAGAUCUUUCAACAUCCUUCCCUUUUUCAUGGGCUUCGGGUGACUUGGUUGAGUUCUGCUCUCGCUUGUUCGUUACUGGCGCCUCUUUUUCUCUUUUUGUUGCUCUUCCGGUCGCCUGGUUCGGUACUGUGGGGGCUGACUCAGAGCCUUUGAAGAGAAUUUUUGGGGCUGUUUCAAGUGGGAUUCUUGUGGUAACUCUUGCUGUUGUUAGGAUGUAUCUGGGUUGGGCCUACGUGGGAAAUAGGUUGCUAAGUGCAACUGUUGAAUAUGAAGAGACUGGGUGGUACGAUGGUCAGAUAUGGGUGAAGACUGCUGAAGUUUUGGCUCGUGACCGGCUUCUAGGUUCAUUUUCAGUGAAGCCUGUGCUGAGCAGAUUGAAGUAUACUCUGGUAACACUUGGAGCGUCACUAUUUGUUUGUGCUCUUCUUCUCAUGAAUUUGGAGGGAGGUCAAAAGGGAUCCUACUUAGCACCUACAGAAUCUGGGGGCAGAGCCAUUCCCGGUGUUUAUAACGAUGAUUCUGCAAGAUCGUUUGAGCCAGAUGCAUUCUGUGGUGAACGGUGAAUCAAAUCUUUCGUGAUGGUUAGUCAUUAAGAAAGCACUAUUUUGUACAGUCCAGUAUAUACAUUCAACACCGUGUUUCAUAUACCUUCUAUGUACAGUUCUGUCUAUUGCUCUACCAAAAAUAUAUUUAUAAUAGCCCUUCGUUGGUUUUCAUCAUCAGAGGCAAAACUGACCAGCAUUUUGUUGUUGAUGUGACAAUCACAAAAAGAAUAAUUCUUUCAAAUCUGAAGUAGAGGUUGAGAAAUUUAGAGCAACAUCAACGAAACGGUAUAGUAGUGAUGGGCUGAUGGCCUUUUUAGGGUCAAAUGCAGACACAUUAUGGUUGCUUGGUGCAUUGUGGUAAUGGCGGUGGACCAGCUGACAAAGUUUCUCUUCUGUAUAAAGAUGAAAAGGGGAAAAAAAAUUGUGAUACAUUGAAUGUGAAGAUGGACGGUUGAACUAAAACUCUUAACCUUUCUUGGACAAAGGGAGUAAUGUAUUUGUCUCUAAAUUCAAUAAAAAACAAAAUGGAAUGGGCUGAUGGCCUUUUUUAGGGUCAAAUGCAGACACAUUAUAGUAGUGUAAAGGACUAGUCUUGUAAUUUGGGUGAGUCAGUCUGACCAUGGAAUAACGUGUCAUUUGCCUAAAGUCAAGACAGGGAAACUUGAAAAUUUUGGUGAUUUUAUAUUGAAAAAUCAGAAUGUGAAUGAAGUCCAGUGGUGGUUUACCUGAAACAACGUCAUCUCUUGCAGGUUCAUACUUCAUAUAUGUCCAGGUUCUUGAAUACCAAUCAGGAUAGUUUGAUUUUAUCUUUCGGUGGGAGGCUGAAAAUGUAAAUUAAUCACACUAUAUAUUGCCCACUCGGCUCCUGGUUUUAGACUUGUAAUUUAUG